AAUUUGCCAAUAGUCAAAAAAUGAUGGGCGUGUCCAAGACAACACUUGCAACAUUUGCAACACUGUCCUCAGGAAAGGUUCAAAUCCUUGUCAAGAUGCAGAGACUGUCUGUGUUCUGCUGGACUGUGCUGGUCCUGGUCCAUGCCCACGAGGCAGAAGCCUCCCCGGCAGUGAUCGUAUGCCCUGGCGGAGCCACCGAGUGUCCCAAUGCUUCCACUUGCUGUGAGAAUCCAGAGGGCAAGUGGGCAUGCUGCCCCGCGCCAAGGGCUGUGUGCUGCGAAGACAAGCGCCACUGUUGCCCCGAAGACACCUGGUGUGACGUUCCACACUCCAGAUGCAUCUCCCGGUCUUCCGGGGAAGACAUGCCCAUGUGGGAAAAGCUGCCUGCCAGGAGGAGGGCCAACUGGGAGAACCAGAGAGCCAAUUCUGUCCCGUGCGACCAAGAUGUCUCCUGCAAAGAUGGCCACACGUGCUGCAAAAACCCAGAAGGCGGCUGGUCCUGCUGUCCUCUACCAGAGGCGGUCUGUUGCACGGAUUUACGGCACUGCUGCCCCAAAGGUUCCACUUGCAACACGGCCGCCCAGACUUGCGAUAUGGACUCGGGUUCCGUUCCCUGGCGGAGGAAAGUACCAGCAAUCCCCAAGCAGGAUGCACGCCAGCGGGAUGUGGUUUGUGACCGCACACACACUUGUGAGGAAGACUCCACCUGCUGUAAGAUCCCGGCAGGAAAGUGGGGGUGCUGUCCUUUACCUCAGGCCGUUUGCUGCCCCGAUGGGGAGCACUGCUGCCCCCACCACUACAAGUGUGACGAGCAGAGGGCCAAGUGCGUCCAAGAGGGCGCGGCGAUCCCGUGGUACACAAAACUUCCGGCCGUCUCCUCCUCCGUGACCGCACCGCAGGCACCCGUCUGGACCUUAAAGUCGCAGUACGUGUGGUGUGAUGACGAGACCGUGUGUGAUGAUGGACAGACCUGCUGCAGGACCUCGGCAACAGCGUGGGGAUGCUGUCCUGUUCCUAACGCGGUGUGCUGCAGUGACAUGAUGCACUGCUGCCCCCCCAGCUCCACGUGCGGCCCCGGUGGCCAAUGCAUCCGGAACCCUGAGCUUCUCUGACUUGGUUUCACCUUUCGAUGACACGCAGCAUUCCAUUCAUGACAGGAACUGCAUGGAAAUACUGUAUUGGCUCAUCAUUAAAAGGACAACAUGGUUCGAAUCCCCAACUCUCUGACUGCUCUGUGUUUCUUUGGCAGAAGAAAUCUUUGCUUGAUGAUCUAUUGUGACUGCAACCUUGACCCAUGACCUUGAUAGAUAUCAGAUAUCAGUAUUGGUAUCUGUAAUGACGCCUGUAUUUACUUGGUAUCAGAUUGAUAACAGAAUCUGCAGUAUUGCCCAUAAUGAUAUUUUAAUUUUAUUAUUUUU